GCUUGCUGGCAAUGGAGAGUAUCUCUUCUUCCCCUUCACCCUUCCCUGCCACCAUGCAGCCUGAGAACACCACCACCCAUGAGUACUACUCGGGCCUCCAGAAGAGCAUGCAUAUCCUCUCCAUGGUGGUGUACAGCAUCGCCUGUUUGCUGGGGGUGACAGGGAACGGCCUUGUCAUCUGGAUUGCAGGCUUCAAGAUGAAGAAGACGGUGAACUCUGUCUGGUUCCUCAACCUGGCCAUUGCUGACUUCAUCUUCACCUUUUUCCUGCCUCUCAGCAUUGUGUACACUGCCCUAGGCUUCCACUGGCCAUUUGGGAAGCUCCUGUGCAAGUUGAACAGCACCAUUGCUUUCCUCAACAUGUUUGCCAGCGUCUUCCUCCUGACGGUCAUCAGCAUGGACCGCUGCGUUUCUGUGGCCUUUCCCGUCUGGUCUCACAACUGCAGGAGCCCAGAGCUGGCAGCCAAGAUUGCACUGGGAACGUGGGUCCUGGCUCUCCUCCUCAGCUCCCCGUACCUCGUCUUUCGGGACACUGUGGUCAGCUCCAGGAACAUCACCACCUGCUAUAACAAUUUUGCACUGUCUGAUGACUACACGUCAGAGGCAACACGGAGGCUGUGGCGGAUGCGGCACAAAGCCAUGAUCAUAACACGGUUCUUGUGUGGGUUCCUCAUCCCCUUCACAGUCAUCCUCAGCUGCUACAGCAUCGUUGCUGUCAAGCUGAAAAGGCGGCAGCUGGCCAGCUCGGCGAAGCCGUACCGAAUUAUCAUCGCUGUCACCGCCUCAUUUUUCCUUUGUUAUUUCCCCUACCAUGUCUUCUCCUUGCUGGAAAUAUCCAAAAACUCUUCCAGUCAUGAGAUGAAAAUGGCUCUUUACAUAGGGAUCCCCUUGGUUUCCAGCCUUGCUUUCUUCAACAGCUGCAUCAACCCUAUCCUCUAUGUGUUCAUAGGGCCAGAUUUCAAGGAGAAGUUUUGCCAGUCCAUCCUGUCGACCUUUGAAGGGGCCUUCAGUGAGGAGACGCUCCUGGGCAGCCUGACUAGCAGGAGAAAGUCCAGGUCUGCUUCGGAGGUGGAGGUCCCAAGGGCCUGAGCAGACCUUGGUGUGGAGGGGGCAGUUCUUUCUUCUGCAAUUUCCCCUCAUUUCAGGACUUGGGGCUGCAAAGAGCUGUGCAUGCUAACAAUAAGUGAUUGAACUUCCUGGAGGUACCUCAAACCUACUAUGACUUCAUGUCUUAUGGAAAUGAAAGAACCAUCUGGAGCUGCAGCAGGGUGGGAAUGUCAAGGUACGUGUUGGUCCCUAUACCACUUCCUUGGAUGCCUUGUUUGCCUGUACAUUUUCUGUUCCCAGUGGUCCAUCACUUUCCUGGCAGCUCAUCCUUAAUGGGGUUCAACCAGGGGACAAUAUUGGAUGGAGCUGCACUGGCAGAGUAUGGCUGCAUCAGUGGAGUCCUGCUCUGCCAGAGGUGUAUGGCUGCACCAGGAUUUUGUCUAUCUAGAGGAGAAAAGGAGGAAGAGAUAUUCCAUAAGUCCCUUGUAAUUAAAUCACUAAAGAAAACGUGAUCCUUCCCUGUCAUAGAAUCAUAAAACAGGUUGGGUUGGAAAGGACCUUAAAAAUCAUCUAGCUCCAACAUUGCCAUUAUGGGAAGGGACACCUUCCACUAGACCAGGUUACUCAAGGCCCUGUCCAGCCUGGCCUUGAACACCUCCAAGGAGUGGGGAAUCUAUCAUUCUGCUCUGGUGCACAGGCUGCUACAACUUAAGGAGAAGCUAAGUCAAUGAAAGCAGCUUAAAAGCAGCUGGGAUCCACCCAUCUUUUAAGGAAAGGGGGAAGUGAACUGGCUGCAUGGCAUUCUGUGGGGGCUGGCAUGGCUGGUAAGACACUCAUCUCCUCUCUGCCUACAUGUGUGGCAGGACAGAUUGUUGGUUGUGCUCCAGUUACUCAGGUUUCAUGUGCAGCAGAACUGUUUCUGAGCAAUGCUUGGCUGUGUUUGCAUUCAACAUGUUUCCAGCCUUGAAAUAGCAGAGAUCUGCUCCUUGGUGUUGUUGGUGAAUGUUUGUUAAAUCCCAAUAAACUCAGG